AUUUUGCAAUGAUUAAUGUUCCAUGUUGAUUAGCUCGCGUUGCCCGCCAAAUAAGAAAGAUGUAAAUCCAUCUAGCGGUCAGUUAAGAUUGUGUGUUCAAUUCACUAGCAGACGACAAUUUUUGUUUUCAAAAACAAAAUUGACGUUGAUGGGCUCUGGCCACUGCUUUGAGUGUGUUGUGGUUUGCGAAUAGUAAUUACACAUGAAAAUAUUACCUUUAACUGAAGAAUGGAUAUAGAAAAUCUGCGACAAUCUUCUCAAUUCCGUCUCUUAAGUUUACUAACAAAAAUUGCUCCAAAUAAUGUUCAAAAAGACUUAGUCAUUCAUGAAGAUUUGAUGAAACCGAUAGAUUUGGUGACAGGCGCUCGUUUACUUCGAGAACGAGGAGUUGACAAAAUGUAUAAGCUUUCUUCGGUUGCCCCUCCUUGGAAGAAUUUGGUCAGAUUGUAUUUGAUCCCUUCUAUUUAUGCUGUUGCUGAAAAUGUUGCCUGGCAUUUAAAAAAAUCUGAAACAGAUAAGACAAUUGCAUAUCACAUAAUUGUGGUACCUAAAGUAUUGAAUGUGAUCCAUUCAGUAUUUGAAUCUUUGGGAGUUUUAGAUUUUGUUACACUACAUAGUUAUUCAUGGGAUUUUAUACCUCUUGACUCUAAUUUGCUGUCAUUGGAGUUUCCUCAGCUUUUCAAUGCUUCUUUCUUGAAAGAAGAAAAUUCAUUAUUAACAUCUGUUGCUAAAGCUUUAAUGAGCUUUGAAUGUCUGUUUGGAAAAUUCCCAUGUGUGACCACACUGGGUGAAAAAUCACAUAGAGUCCACAAAUUAUUGGGUACAUGGCAAAGUGAAAUUCAGCCUCCUUUUCCAGAAGAAUCAGAAUUCAAUCACUUGAUCAUGUUAGAUCGUAAUAUUGAUUUUGCCUCACUACUUUUGACUCAAUUAACUUAUGAAGGAGUCCUAGAUGAGAAUUUAAAAUUGAAAUCUGGUUUUGUAUAUUUGGAUUCUGAUGGAACUGAAGGGGCACAAAGGUUGAUGUUAAAUUCUACUUCCGAUGAAAUUUAUGCAGAGAUUAAAGGGAAACACAUAUCUGUAGUUUUUCAACAUCUCAGCAGAAAAGCCAAAGAGUUACAACAAAGGCGGGACAUCAAAAAUACUGACUCGAUAGAAGAAAUGAAAAAUUUUGUUUCGCACGAUUUAAAAAAGAUACAAUCUCAACAAAAAUCUUUGGCUUUACACAUCAGUGCUUGUGAGAUGGUUAUGAAACGGCAAGCAGGAAUACUUGAAGAGUUGCUUGGGUUGCAAGAAGACGCUAUGACCGAUACUAAAUUGAAAGAAUAUCUGGUAUUUCUAGACGAUUCGACAGCUCGUCAGUUCGAUUUCUUUGCCACUCUUCGGUUGUGUUGUCUCUACUCAGUGAUGGAAGACGGUCUGCCUGAAAAAGAAUAUCAAUUUCUUCAUAGGCAGCUCCUGCAAGCGUACGGAUACAGACAUUUAUCUACUUUACAUUAUCUCCAGCGAUUAGGACUAUUUCACCAACGUGAUUCUAAGAGCAUUAGCCUAGAACUACUCCCCGACCGAUUCGCCCGGGUUGCGCAAGUAACUUCACUCAAAUCCGAACGCGUUCCUUUUCGAAAAAUUUGUCAGCGCUUGAACUUGUUGCCUCAAAGUACUUCGUCGGAUGACAACAGUUCCGCAAAAAGUGGUCAACAUCCGAGCUACGUCUUUGGCGGAAUUUACACACCCCUUGUUUACCAAUUUGUUGAAAAGUGUCUAAAAGAAAAAGAACCGAAUUUGGGGGAUUUUGUUCGCUGUUUCGGUAACAAUUUACGAAUUGGAGAUUGCAGUCAUCCUCAGUGGGGCGCUCGUGGAAAAAUUCUGGUUUGCUUUAUUGGCGGUGUCACGUUAGCUGAAGUUGCUUCACUAGAUCUUUUGUCCCGCCAACUUGGGCGCCACAUAAUUGUUGCGACCACGUCUACCAUAAGCGGCCCAGCUCUUAUGGAAUCUAUUGCCUCCCAAAACAUCGACACGUAGACAUCGUGGAUAAUAGCCUAAUGUUUUUUUUUUACGCCUUUAUUUACACGAUUCAAUCAAUAUCAGCUGUUUUCUAAUCAGUCUGUACAGAAUUCAUGCAUGAAUACAUUCCUUCUAUGUUUA